UGCGCAUGCGCGGAGACAGAGCGCAGGCGCAGUGCGCAGCUCGACCCGGGCCUGCAGUAGUGGAGCGAUCAGCUCGUCAUGGCGCGGUUCCGUGUGCUUUUGCUCUCGCUCUCACUGUCGUUUGUGGUUCAGUCCGUCGUGGCGAUCUCAUUUUACCUGCCGGUGCACAGCAGAAAGUGUCUACGGGAGGAGAUCCAUAAAGAUGUGCUCGUUACCGGAGAAUACGAGAUCAUGGAGCAGCCGAAUACGAAAACCAACCUGAAGAUCACAGACUCCUCUGGACACAUCCUUUAUGUGAAAGAAGAGGCAACUAAAGGCAAGUUUGCCUUCACUACAGAGGACUAUGACAUGUUUGAGGUGUGCUUCGAGAGCAAGUCUCCUAUGGGAACUGGAAGGGUUCCUGACCAACAGAUCAACUUGGACAUGAAGCACGGUGUUGAAGCCAAAAAUUACGAAGAGAUUGCCAAGGUUGAAAAACUGAAGCCCCUGGAAGUAGAACUCCGUCGGCUGGAAGAUCUUUCAGAGUCUAUUGUCAAUGACUUCGCCUACAUGAAGAAGAGAGAGGAGGAGAUGAGAGAUACUAAUGAGUCCACCAACACACGUGUGCUGUACUUCAGCAUCUUCUCCAUGUGCUGUCUGAUCGGUCUGGCCACGUGGCAGGUCUUCUACCUGCGCCGCUUCUUCAAGGCCAAGAAGCUCAUUGAGUAAAAUCUUCCUGAACAAUCAGGGACCCAGAACUUCUUCCUCACAUCAGAUCCUCCGGCCCCUGACAUUUUGCUUUGCCUCGGUGAUUCAAUCCGGUCGCCGCGGGGUGACCUGAAGUUUAUCGGGAGUGGACGUGCAUCAGGGAAUUCUCUGGGAAGCGAGUGAUGCUUGGCAGCCAAAUUAUCCUUCAGUGCGUAUACAUUUUUGAUACAGGCUUUUUCAGUAUCAUUUGGAAAAAAAAUCACCCAGUUUUUCAAUGUUUUUUUUGCUUUAUUUUCUUGUAUUUAUACGAAAUGAUAACACAAGCCCCUACAACUGAUAAAAGAUACGCUUCUGUGAGAGAAAGUUUGUGGUCAUUGAAUGUGUGUCAACAAUUACUUUAAUCUGUUUCGCCGAUUAUUUGGAAAGAUAGAAUGAUUGUUUCUCAUGGACAGAUUGUAGACUGAUGUGUUUAGCUGUCUAUAUUAUUUCUGUAAAGGCUUAUGUUUGGUAAUGCAAAGCCAUUGAACUGAUCUCACAUCAGAGCUUCACGAUGUCAUAUAUCAUUCUUUGACAAAUGUACUAAUUUUUAAGCAGUUUUAUUUUGAGGAGCACAAUCACUUUUAGUUUGCUUAUUAUGGAAACGUGUGAGUUCAUCUGUGAUAGAAGUCUUGUUGAUUGUUAGUUGCUAUUUUUUUCCACAGACUGAAUAAAUUAUCAAUCCAACUGAACCAGAUCCAACAGGGUUAAAGGUGCAUGAAUCUGGUUUGAUUUGUUUUGAGGAUCUAUCUGUAUCUGACAGAUCAAACCAGACUGUCAUUUUUCAUUUUCUCUUAUUUACGAAUGGUUUUAUGGAAUAGUGGUUACACUCUCCUGGGUUUGGAUCAGAUUUAUUGUUAUUAACUGCAAGUGGUUUCAUUUUUUUUGUUCCAGUGGUCAAUCAGUUUGAAAGGCAAUGCUUUUGAUUCAGAUUAAUUUUGGUGAAAGUGGAUUCCGGAAAUAUACCGUAAUUGGCUCGUCAUUAAAUAAAAAUUGUUAUUAAAGUA